CUUCACGAGUUCAGUCUUUGUCAAGCUCACAAACCCACUUUCACUUUCACCUUUCUGGUCAUCAAUGGCCACCGUCGGAGCCUUCAACCCACCUCAUUUCUUCUCUUCAUCCUCCUCCGGCGCCGCCAUUGUUGCUGACCGGAGAUACCUCCAUGCUCCCUCCUUAUCCUUCUCCUCCUCUCACCUCUCCGGCGACAAGAUAUUUUCGGCAUCGUCUGUCAGACGACGAUGCUCUCGAGGUCGAGCUUCGGUGAUUGUUUCUCCCAAAGCUGUUUCCGACUCUAAGAAUUCGCAGACAUGUCUUGAUCCUGACGCUAGUCAAAGUGUCUUGGGGAUAAUACUUGGAGGUGGAGCUGGCACACGUCUUUACCCUUUAACAAAGAAGAGGGCAAAGCCUGCUGUUCCCUUGGGAGCAAACUACAGGCUUAUUGAUAUCCCUGUUAGCAACUGCUUGAACAGCAACGUAUCGAAGAUUUAUGUUCUUACACAGUUCAACUCCGCAUCGCUCAAUCGCCACCUUUCGCGUGCUUAUGCGAGUAACAUGGGUGGUUACAAGAAUGAAGGGUUUGUUGAAGUCCUUGCUGCUCAACAGAGUCCAGAGAAUCCAAACUGGUUCCAGGGUACUGCUGAUGCAGUAAGACAGUAUCUGUGGCUGUUUGAAGAGCAUAAUGUUCUAGAGUUCCUAAUCCUUGCCGGAGAUCAUUUAUACCGUAUGGAUUAUGAAAGAUUUAUUCAAGCUCACAGAGAAACCGAUGCUGAUAUUACUGUAGCAGCUCUGCCAAUGGAUGAAAAACGUGCCACUGCAUUUGGUCUAAUGAAGAUCGAUGAAGAAGGGCGUAUAAUUGAAUUCGCAGAGAAACCAAAAGGAGAGCAACUGAAAGCUAUGAAGGUUGAUACCACCAUUUUAGGCCUUGACGAAGAAAGAGCUAAAGAGAUGCCUUAUAUUGCUAGUAUGGGUAUAUAUGUCAUCAGCAAAGACGUAAUGUUGAAUUUGCUGCGCGAUAAGUUCCCUGCAGCAAAUGAUUUUGGAAGUGAAGUAAUUCCUGGAGCAACUUCUAUCGGGCUAAGAGUACAAGCUUACCUUUAUGAUGGCUACUGGGAAGAUAUUGGUACUAUUGAGGCUUUCUACAAUGCCAAUCUGGGAAUCACGAAAAAGCCGGUACCUGAUUUUAGCUUCUAUGAUCGUUCAUCGCCCAUUUACACCCAACCUCGAUACUUGCCUCCUUCCAAGAUGCUUGAUGCUGAUGUCACGGAUAGUGUUAUCGGUGAAGGGUGUAUGAUUAAGAACUGCAAAAUCCAUCAUUCUGUUGUUGGGCUUCGAUCUUGCAUAGCUGAAGGUGCGGUCAUUGAAGAUUCAUUGCUGAUGGGAGCAGAUUAUUAUGAGACGGAUGCUGACAGGGAGCUUCUUGCUGCGAAAGGUAGUGUUCCAAUUGGUAUUGGAAAGAAUACUCAUAUUAAAAGAGCCAUCAUCGACAAGAACGCACGUAUAGGGAACGAUGUGAAGAUUAUAAACAGCGAUAACGUUCAAGAAGCAGCAAGGGAAACAGAUGGGUACUUCAUAAAGAGCGGAAUCGUGACCGUAAUCAAAGACGUGUUGAUUCCUUCUGGCACGAUAAUAUGAUAUAGUUGAUACGGGAAUCUUGUAAGGUGCAUUUUGACAUAAUGUUGUUAAAGUUGUAACAGUGGAUUAUGGUAGUAGAAUGUGAAAUGUAAAGGUACCAUUUUAUUAUUCUAUAACAAUAAAAUUUCCCUCUUCUUUACUUGC